UGUUCUGUUUAGUAAUCACUUUCUUGGUCGAAUCACAUAUUGGGGUAGUAGCACUUUAAAUCACAUUAAGACUAGGUUUGUGGACCUCGGGCUGAUAGAAAGGGCUAAGGAAUCCCCUUUCAAGCAGUUUAAUUUCUCUUUGGCUUCAGAGUUUAAUUUCUCUGGAGUUUUGGUGCAUCAUCUACUUUUGAGGAAAAUCGCCAGUAACAACGAAGAUGAGGUGCAUUUCUUCUUGGGGUCAAAGUCUUGUAGAUUCAGCAUGGGAGAGAUUGCCCUAGUAACAGGGUUGAAUUUCAGUACCUUCCCGUCACCAGAAGAGUUGGAAGAGCGUAAUCUCAGCAAUCGCUUGAUAAAUGAGUAUUUCAAUGAUGUUGAGAAAGUUAAGCUCUCACAGGUGGACCAUGCUUUCAAGACUUGUACUGUUGUGGAAGAUGUGUACAAGCUUGGUCUAUGUUUGUUGGUUGAGGGGGUUUUGAAUGCCAUAGAGGGCAAGUUGCAUAUAUGGCGAGAUUUUGAAGAUGGUUGAGGACGUAGACUACUUCUUCAGUUAUCCAUGGGGGAAGUACUCUUAUGGGAGGCUAUUGCAGUCUUGUAAGAAGGACAUGGUGAAGAAAAAUGACAACUAUGACAACAAGAAGGAUGCCAAGGUACAUCAAGAGUCCAAAUACAGUAUGUAUGGUUAUGCCUCAGCCUUAUAGUAUUGGACAUAUGAGGCUAUCCAGCAGCUUGUGACAGAGUUUUUUGUGAGCUUGGGAAACAUGGUCUCGAGGAUGCUUAGUUGGUCGCAUCAGAGGAACAAGGAUUUCACGAAGUCUGUCCUCUCGCCGAUGUUAUCGAAGAAGAAUUUGAUCGUCCUUCCGAUGUUGAAGCCUCGACCAGCAGAAAAAGAUUAUUAUUUAUCGUUGAGAGAGGGAGAUAUUCCCCUUUAUCUCGGGCUUGGCCAGGAUCCGAGGGAGGCUGAUGAAGAGGAGGAUGCGACUUUUGAGAAAGUCGCCGAGAUAGUUUCUCAGGCAGCUGAGGCAGCCAAGAUAUCUGAUGAUGCUGUCCUGGAGGAGGAGGAGGUUGCAGGUCACACCCCUCCUGUUGCCCUAGCUACAGCCCCAGCACCAGCCCCUAAGCUCGCUGAGUUGAUCGAGUGGUUGCACAAAGUCAAGGGUCAACAUGAGACCCUCCUGAAGAACCAGUCAGUGAUCCUGGACGCAGUCAGUCAGAUCCUGAUGUUUAUUAAGGAGAAAUCGAGGGGCUCCAAGGAAGAUUUAGACUCAGAGUCACUGGAUAUUCCUCUGGACUAUGUUGAUGAUCCAACUACGCCUCCUACCAUCAUUGUGACACUUGAUGCUGCGACUUUGGGAGUCGUUAUUGUCAACCUUGAGGAUGUUGCUGGGGUUCGGUUUCAGAGGACUAGACUCUAAAGACGCAAGUCAGAUUGGUUUGAGGACUACAUCGAUCCCACGAGGAAAAGACCUCGCACUGAUGCAGCUGCACCAGAAGAGGAGGCUACAUAAGAGGCUACACAGGAGGCUACACAGGUGCUGGACCCUCUCAAGAAGCCAGAUCGCAAACAGUAUAGGACAGUGUCCAAGUGGCUGCUUGGAGACAUCCCCAACAAGACCCCGGGGAUGUAAAGAUUGGGAAUCACGGUCCAGCGUGGUUUCUGACGUGGAAGACACCCCAGUCUUGGCUCAAUGAUGGCAUAUUGAUGCGGCAGAACACAUGCUUCGUAUGCGUUGCAAGUAUUUUCCCAACAUAUAUCGCCAGAAUGUUGUUGUGAUGAACAUUUCUUUCUCACAAGUGAUACCUGCCCGAUAUGAUCAGUACAAGAAAAUUGCCGACAAAACAAAGUACACGUGGGAUUUUGACGUUAUGUCCAUGUUAACCGGCAUCGAGCAGCAGUUUCUGGCAUCUUGGGGAGGAGUUGAUGAUGUAUAUUGGUGCCAGAACUAUGAACAACAACAUUGGUUUGCCAUGGAGUCUUCUAUUUCUAAUUGGACUCUCACUGUUUAUGAUUCAGACAACUCGGUGAUUAGUGAAUCAAAGACGGAGGAAAUUAUGAAUCCAUGGUGCUUUUUGCUUUCUUCUCUGUUGAUGCAGAGUAAACUGUUCACUGAUAGCUUGAUGUUGAAGAUUCUUGCAGCAGGAAAGAGGCCGCAUAAGUUCACAUGGCGUCACAAACAGAAACACGAGCUCACUUAGUCAAAGAGAAGUGGGGAUUGUGGUGUGUAUACUGUCAAGCAUAUUGAGCAUCUCAUGGCCGACCUUCCAUUGGAAACCAUCUGCGAUGAAAAUAUAGGUGUUCAGGAAAAAGUGGACCACUAACUUGUGGUAUCAAAAUUUGUUACCUUGAUGAUUGUAUAUUUACAGGGUAUUUACAUGUGCAGUUUUUUGUUCACUUUUUUUUUGUAACUUUCAGUUCCCUGUAUUAUUAUAUCGAACAUUA